GGGAAGAAAACCAUCUGGAAUUGAAAUUAUUUUCACCCCUUUGGGUCGCGUGUCAUGACUCUUGUUUCCCGGGCUCCGGCCCGCCUCGCGGACUAUUUAAAGAUUCUCCUCUCAGUGCCUCAGUCCUCGAGCCCUGCAGCGAGUCAACACAGCCGAUUGACUGUAGAGCGCGAGAAAAGGGAAACUCCUGUCUGUCUGAACGAAAACAAACGGGUUGUAGUGUGCACGCUGUUAAAAUAAACUAGCAACAAUGUCUGAGGAAAUUAUUACCAGAAUGUGCCUUUUUCUACUCAUCGUCUGCUCGACAAUGGCCCAGGACUGUUCUGGUCCCUGUGACUGUCCCUCGGACCCCCCUCCAUGCCCGUUUGGUACCAGCCUGGUUCUGGAUGGCUGUGGUUGCUGUAAGGUGUGUGCCAGGCAAGCCGGCGAGCCCUGUACCCUCCUGGAGCCAUGUGACCACCACAGGGGGCUUUACUGUGAUUAUGCAAUGCUGAGUGACACUGAGCACGGCAUCUGCAUGGCCCAGGAAGGCCAGACGUGUGACCUGGGAGGGGUCAUCUACCGCAGUGGAGAGACCUUUCAGCCCAGCUGCAAGCACCAGUGUGUCUGUAUGAACGGAGAGAUCGGCUGCGUGCCAACCUGUGCCAGCGACGUGUGGCUGCCCUCCCCAGACUGCCCGUACCCACGCCGCAUCCAGAUCCCUGGGAGGUGCUGUGAGGAGUGGGUGUGUGAUCAGAGCCCUCAGGACCACCCCUAUCAGUCAGCCAUGGCCGGAUCUGAAAUUCACCCCUUGGUCUCUUCUUCCCCUCUGUCAGUCUACAGAGAGGUGUCAGCCCACGGGCCGGUCCCGGUGGAGAGCCCCAGGGAGAACUGCAUCGUCCAGACCACCAAAUGGGACGAGUGCUCGGCCACCUGCGGCAUGGGCGUGUCGUCCCGCGUCACCAAUGACAACGAGCGGUGCCAGCUGGAGAGGCAGACCCGUAUCUGUAUGAUCCGGCCCUGCCACGUGGAACAAGAGAAGGACAUCAAGAGGGGGAAGAAGUGUGUACGGACCCCCAAGUCCCCGCGCGGCGUGCGUUUCCAGCUGUCAGGCUGCAGCAGCAGGAGGGUCUACAAGCCCAAGUUCUGUGGUGUGUGUACAGACGGGCGCUGCUGCACCCCCCACACCACCGUCACCGCAGAGGUGGAGUUCCACUGUCCCGAGGGAGACGCCUUCAGACGCAAGAUGAUGUUCGUCAAGACGUGCUCCUGUCACCACGACUGUCCCCGAGACAAUGACAUCUUCCUGGCUUCGCACACACGCAGGAUGAUCGGGGACUAUGACAACGAUAUGUAAACAUCAUGGCUGCCAAACAAACUGACAAGCACAUAAACACAUCAGCCCAUAUACACACACACAUACACACACUGAUAAAAACUACUUCACAUCGCUCUCACACACACACACACACACACACACACACACACACAUACAUACA